CAAAGUGGUCUGCGUCUUCCUGCUCGCCAACGGGUUGACUUUUCCUUCCGUCUUCUUCCCCCACCAUCCACCCUCAAUCUCAUCCUUGGAUUCUCCAGCAGACUCAUGACAGAGGCAUCAGAUGAAUCAAGUCACGCCUAUGACACCCAGUCGUUGACUGCUAGUGUAACGGAUUAUCCUAUUGAAAAUGGCAGGCGAUAUCACAAAUACCACGAGGGCUCGUACAUCUACCCCAAUGACGAGCGAGAGAUAGAUCGGCUGGACCUGCAGCAUCAUCUGUUCAAAAUGGCCCACGGCGAUAACCUGUAUUUUGCUCCCCUGCAGGAUCCCCGGCGGAUCCUUGACAUCGGGACAGGGUCAGGCAUCUGGCCGAUUGAAAUGGCGGCCUCCUUUCCCGACGCCGAGAUCAUCGGCACCGACCUGUCGCCCGUCCAGCCGACCGAAGUCCCCGAGAAUGUGCAUUUCCUCGUCGACGACGCCAUGGAGGAGGACUGGCUGUGGGACGAGGGCCACUUCGACUAUAUCCACGCGACGCACAUGUCCGGCUCACUCACCUCCUUCAAGGACCUCUUCCGCAAGGCCUUCCACCACCUCAAACCAGGCGGCUACCUGGAAUGCCAUGAGCUCGACCCCAUCCCCAAAUGUGACGACGGCACCAUGCCGCCCGAGAACCCGGACGGCUUCAGCGAAUACCCUCUCAUCGACUGGGUCGACCUGAGCAUCCGCUCCGGUCAGAUCUCCGACCCCCCGCGCCAGGUUCGCGUCGCCCACCGGCUCGCCCGCUGGAUGCGCGAGGUCGGCUUCGUCGACGUCCAGCAGCGCGUCACCCGUAUCCCCAUGAACGAAUGGCCGCCCGACCCGCACGAGCAGCAGGUCGGCGGCUGGGCUUGUGCAAACUGGCUCGAGGCCCUCUCCGGCUGGUCCUACAAACCCUUUAUGGCUCUCGGCUGGUCAAAGUCCGAGAUCGAGGUUUUCCUCGUCAGCGUCCGCAAGUGCAUCCAGAAUACCUCCAUCCACAGCUACACCGAGCUCUACGCCGUCACGGGCCGUAAACCUGCCCCUGGAGAAACAACGGACUCAUGACAAGACUCACAACACUGGCCCUCCCUUUUCUACUUCCUCCUUUCUCCUGGGAAUCAUUCUCGGGGUUUCCUCUUUCCUCUUUUUCUUUUUUUUACUGUCCUUUAGCCACAGCAUGAGAUACCACCAUGGAGACUAAAAGCAUGUAUUCGGGCUCUGGCGUGUCGGUUUCAUUUUUUCCCCACUAUCCUGGCUACCCCGUCUUAUAUAGCCAAUAACCAGUAUUUAUUAUUCUGAAGAAUUGAAGACUUUUUUUAGAGAG